GGAGGAGGGGGAGGGCUGCGAGUGCGCCCGUCGUGCCGCCCCGCGCCGCCGCUGAGCCACUCUCUCCGCAAGGUUCCUGGGGGUGAUGCCCGCCUACAGCGCCGCGGACGACGCUCUGACCACCAAACUGGUGACGUUCUAUGAGCGCCGUGGGGACUCUGCCGCGCCGUCCCAUCAAGCCACCGUUCUGCUCUUCGACCCCCGCUGCGGCUCCCUGCGAGCGGUCCUGGAUGGCUCCGUCAUCACGGCGAAGCGCACAGCGGCGGUUUCUGCCAUAGCGACCAAGCUGCUGAUGCCGAGAUCUGCAGAAGUGCUGUGCAUUUUGGGAGCUGGUGUCCAAGCACGCAGCCACUACGAGAUCUUCAUGGAGCUGUUCCCGUUUACGGAGGUCCGGCUGUGGAAUCGCAGCGAGCAGCGCGCGGUGAGGCUGGCGAGCUCCGUGGGCGGCGCGGUGCGGGUCUGCGGCACGGCCCGGGAGGCGGUGGUCGGGGUGCCCAUCCCUACGCAUCACGGAAGCCAUGGGAUCUGGCCCUUCCAGGUGGGGCGGACUCUCACUGCCUGGCAGUGCCGCUAG